AUGGCGCCCGUCAAGAAGCCGCAGAGCUCGUACCUGCUCUUCUGCAAUGAGCGGCGCAAGCAGGUGAUGGACGAGAACCCGGGCGCGCGCAUCGGCGACAUCCAGAAGAUCAUCAGCGCGCAGUGGAAGGAGCUCAAGCCCGAGGAGAAGGAGGUGUACGUGCAGCUGGCGGCCAAGGACAAGGAGCGCUACCAGCAGGAGCUACUGGACAACCCGCAGAUCGACGCGGAGCCUACGGCUGAGGGCAGGGCGGCGCACGACUCCAACGCCUGCAUUUACCCGCUCGGGAGGGUGAGGAAGAUCGUGCAGAGCGAUCCGGACGUCGGCAAGAUCUCCAAGGACGCGCUCAUCGCCAUCGCCAAGGCAUCGGAGUUGUUUGCCCAGUUCCUCGGCACCAAGAGCUACGAGCAGGCUCUGUACCGCAACAAGCGGCAAGUCAAGGCGUCGGACGUGACGCGCACGAUCCAGACGACGGCGUCGCUGGACUGGCUCCGGGAAGACUUCCCGGACGUGAACCCUACCCGGACAGACAUUGCUGCAGACAGUAAGGCCAAGAGGGACCAGCAGCAGGAGGAGAAGAAGCCGCUGCCUGACAGUGCCUCCUUCUUCAAGCCCAGGGCUGCAGGUGGAACUGCCUCAGAGGAGUAG